AUGGCGUGGCUGCGUAUAUCUGCUUGCUUCAUAGUGGUGUCCCUACUUCUGAAUUCAUCUUUGGCUGCCAUUUGCCCGAAAAGCUGCGUUUGCAGUACCACGAGAGAUGGCUUACACCGAGCCACGUGCAGCAACCUAGCAGAGCUUUACAAAUAUACUCUACGUCAGAAACACCAUAAUGUUAAUAUUUUAGAUCUCUCGCACAACAAUAUAACUAAAAUAACUCAUGAAUUAGAUAAACUUACUGAAGUUGUUACUCUAGAUUUAUCCACGAAUGGCCUUACAGAUAUCAAUAAAUUUUUACAUAAUUCACGAAAACUCGUACAUUUAAAUCUGGCUAACAAUAGAUUUCAAAAGUUGGCACUAGUGCAUUUACCAAAAAGCGUGAGCUCUUUAGAUUUAACAAAUAAUUUACUCGAAGACGUGCCUUCUGAUGUAACACAUUUGAACAGUCUAGAACAUUUGGAACUUGAAGGAAAUCCCCUACAUUGUUCUUGUGAUAAUGUUAUUGCUCGGGACCACUUAUUAUCCUUAAAUGUGUACAUAGAUGAUGUUAAAUGUCAAACACCAUUGAGGCUUAAAGGCCGUUCCUGGCUAGAACUAAAAACGAAAGAUAUAUGUAAAGCUCCUAGAUUGGAUUUUAUGGAUAUGAUGAUGGGGGACCAACCAAUUGAUGCUAUUAGAAUUGGAGAGGAAACUUCAGCAUUAAAAUCUAUGUCCUUAGUAUCUGGAAACGACUUAGAGGAUGGAAAUAUCAUUCAUGGUGAAGAACUCUCUGACGACGAUGAUAGCGUACAGUUUAUGAAAGUGGGUCGCUUGUCAACUUCUUCUCCGUUAAGUGAAAUCGAAGGUUCUGGAGAAGCUGAAAGCACGACAAUAAGUGAUAUUAUUGAACCAGUUCAUGAGCAAAAAAUAUUGGCCAAACUGAUGCUUUCGGAAGAAAUAUUACCCGCUAAUAAUAUUACAACAACAGAAAAUCCCUUAGAAGGAUCUGGAGAGGGAUCUGGAGAUGGAAUUUUUACUUUCGAUUACGAAGAUCAGACUGAAAGGUUACCAGAGACUACAACUCCUGUAUUUGAGGAGUUUAAUCCGGAACCGGUUCAUAAAAUAUUCGAAAAUGAUGAAGACAACAAUGGGAGCACAACAGAAUUCCCCAUUCCGGAACCACCAUCCAUUUAUCAAGGUGGAGUUGAUUGGCACAGUCGAAAUGCUAAUGUUGAAGUCGUGACUGAGAAAGCAGUAACACCCCAAAUCACAAGAGACACGACCGUCUCAGAACAAAUACGAAUAACUCAGGCUUCAGAAGUUUUGGGUCAAAUACCGAAUACCGAAGAAACAGUAACGCCACACAAAACGGGAACUUAUGUAUGCAUAGCUUUAAUAGUGGUUCUUUUAGUCGGAUUAAUUGGUUUUGCAAUCACCAAAGGACAAAUGCGUAAGCGAAGGGAUAGAAGACUUCUUAGGCAACAAAAACGCGAUGUGGAAAAAGCUUCGAAAGAAAUGGUUGACAUGAAUAAAUCGUUAUUAGGCAAGCCAGCUGCAGUAGAGGCGCCUAUUGAUAAAAAGACUAACGGAAGAUAUGAACUAGUACCAACACAUGAAAAUAAUGUGAAAAAAAAUGAAAACGGAGACAUAGGAAAUGGGAUUAAGCAGAAUGAUGAUAAACACCUAAGAACGGAUAGCCCACGAGACACAAAUCAGAACAAAAGUAGCUCUAAGGAUAAUAAUUUAAUCGAAGAUCCAGUUUUACAUCAAGAGACUUCUUUUGACUCCGACCCAGCAUCACCCACAUCUGGUAACAGACAUUCUCUUUCUAGUGAAGACAUCUUUGUUCCUAUUGAUGAUGAUUCACCCAGAUUAAAUGGCACUGGAGGCUCUGACAUUUCGCAACCACUAAUUAAUGGAGCCACUGAUUCAGACUAUCUGACACCAUCUCGGGAAUAUGUGCCUGUUUACUCACCUGAUAUGGGCAGGGUUCGAAUCAAAAUGUCGGAAACUCCAAAACCUAAGACUCCAGUGCUAGUUACUAGGAGCAGGUCUAACGCAGGAGAUAUAAUAAUAACACCUUCAGUCGAUGGAAACGCACGCAAGUCCGCUACUUGA